UGUUGCAUUUAUUUACAGUUGGUUGCAAAAUGUUGCAUUUUUUUUUGUAGAAAGUAAGAAAAAGAUAAUUUGAAAUCGUGGAAUUUAAAAUAUUUUGAAGGUGCGAGUCAUUCUUAACACGUAACGUGUAAUAAUUUAUUAAACAAUGGCAUCAUCCUCUGUGGGCUCCGCGUAUUACAACAAUGAUGAAAGUAAGCCGACCGACGAUGUCUAUGCUUACCAUAUCACGCUUGAACAAACGUCUUCGGAAAGCGAAUUAGAUCCUUCUGAUACCGAAUCCGUUGAAAGUCAUCAAGCGAACACGACAGUAUCAGCCAAAGACUCGUCUGACAUCAGCACCGAUGAAUUAUCCGAUUUUUUUAUGAGCGAAUACGAAGUCGCCAGUUCACCGGAAACCAUUGAGCCAUCGAUUUACGACAAGGAGUUGUUUUCUUCUUCGAGUUCACCUCGAGAUAUCGAGUUUGUUUUCGGUUGCUCCGAAUCGGAGAAAAGCGACAUCACGGACGUGAGUGAUACCAGCGAUAUUUUGGGCGCAUUGGGUGAUAACAAGUAUUAUCAUACAUGCGCUCAAUGCUUCUCGUAUAAUGCUAAUCCGGCGUUUCGAUUCUGUGAUUCAUGUUACCAAUUGAGAAAAUCAUCUUACCCUACCAAACCAAAGAGAAAAAGAAAGCGUAAUAAUGCCGAAAAUCCUACUAAAAAACAGAGAACUGCUGCUAAAGAUGACAUUCCGGAGGUCGAUUCGAAUGAAGCGAAUGCAUCUAGCGGCUGCGGUAUUUUAGAUUCUGGUUUCGAAUCCUUAUCACCCAGUGCCGAAUGGGAAAUAUCCGAGCUCGAGCCUAAAGAGAAGUGUCUAACUUGUCUCGAUAGUUGCGUAAAUGGACUGUUCCUUCACGGCAGAACAGCGCAUAAAUGUUGCUGUUACAAAUGUGCUAAAUUAAUUUGGAGUAAAAGUAGAAAGUGUCCUAUUUGUCGACGAAAAAUUCACAACGUAGUUUUAUUAUUGAAUUGUUAAUCGUUUUUUGACCAGCAGUAAUGGCAUAACGCAAUUCGAUAAAACUGUUUGAGUACUCAUCAUUUUUGAUGAACCCCGUAAUUUAUUUUAUACGCAACUCUGAGGUAGAGAAUGCUUUCCAAACGAGAACUUUUUUUCGGUACGUGAAUUAUUGUUUGUUUCUUAUUGUCUUACGUUACCCAGCAUUUUCUCCAUUAUAAUGAAUGUGUGAUAUUUUAUUUUGAACAUGAUGAUCGAUUAUGAAAAUCAGUUCAUAACUGGCAUUUUUUUCCCAUUUAUUGAGUUUGUGAUAUUUUCAUUUUGAACAUCACGAUCACGACUGAAUUUUGUUUGUAAGGUACUUUGCGGCAUGAUAUAUUUUUUUUUUUUGACAAAGUUGAAAGUUUUGUGAUUUGUGAUAUUUAUUUUGAAUCAAUAGAACGGCAAGAAUGUUACAAAAACAUAGAUGCGCGAUCUCAGAAACCAAAAAUUUGGUUUCUGAGAUCUCGCAUCUGUGUCUUUGUAAUAUUCUAGCUGUUCUAUUCUUUACCUAAGCUUUUGUUUUAUAUUCUCACGCAUAUUGUAUAAAAAAAUUGUGUUUGUGCCAUGUUCA